UUUCUUAUAAAAAAAAAUAGUGUACAGUGAUGAAAAUAUGGCAUCUACGGUGCAGAACGGCGUGAUGAUGGAUUGACGUUUGGUGGAUCCCCCUACAUGGAAUGAAACUCACAAAAAUGGAAACUUGAACAGCCAAGAAAAUGACUAACGUUAAAUUAAAAUUAAUGUUUUUUCUUCUAAACUCCCUCUUGACAGCUGACAUAAUUCACGCUAGACCCUAUUCCGACGGCAAUGCUACGGAUAUUAUUAUUAAAUUUAGUAAUAAUAAUAACACUUUCAAUAUACCAGUAGAUUCUAAUUCUGAUACAUUAAUCGUUGCAAAUGAUGACGAAACUCCGGAAGAAACUAACAAAAGUUCCAACCAUCAAAUGGAAGCUAUAGUUAACGCCGAACAAGACAGAGACGUUGCGAUGUCAGAGAAAGUAAUGAAGGAUCAAAUAAGUAUUGCAGAUGCGGAUAAGAAAGAUUCUUCAGAAAAAAAAUUUAACAUAUCAAGCUCUACUAUGGAACAAAUUAUAGACUCGGAAACUGAUAGGGAAGAAACUCUGACAGAUAUUUUGUUUAGACCGGACGCGGAAUUUGAUGAGGAUAUACCUAGGUUUGAGUUUUUAAUCGCUGCAAGAAUUAAUGAGAGUGAUACGAAUAGAACAGUUAAAGAUACUGGGUAUAGUGAUAAUAGGUUAGACAGAGGAAGAAACAGCAGUGAUGUGUUCAAGAAGGUAGACUAUGUAGAAUUAGUGGAAGUGCUGAAGCCGAAAAUAAGUGAGAAUAAGAGCGCGUAUUCAAUGAACAUUACUGGCCAUGAAGUGGAUAACGAUCUAGCACCAGACACAAUUUUAUCCGUGUUCUCAGGUUUCACGGAUGUGCAGACUUUGUUCCUGGCUUGCUUCGGGACCCUGAUACCGCUGCUUGCCGUACUCUUUGCGACUCUCCUCAUCAGGUGUAUGUGCCGGCGCUGGUGCCCUGGCUGGUGUAAGAAACCUACUGCUUCUUCAGUCUCCGACAGCAGUGACAAACAAGACGCCAACCAACAGCUGAAGUCACCGACGGAUGACGGCAGUGGUGCUGGUCUGGAGAACGGCGACGCAGCUCCAGCAAAUGGCUCCAUCUUCACCAUGACCCUGAAAAACAACCAUCUUAUCGUUGAGACUGAAGAGAGAAAUGAUAUCACUAAAAAUGGACGAGAAACGAAAAUGAAGUACUCCCCAGACAACGACGGUAUAUUUGUUGUUGAGGUCCAACAAUCAACUGCCUACAGACCCAACAACAAUAAAUCACUUCAGAACUCCCCACCUCAUGACCCUCAAAUAUCUACAAACCAGGCUCUCAUUCAUCGGGUUCCCGAGGAGUUAGAUAAGAAGAUAGAUGAAGAAGUAACCGCUAAAUUUAAAAGGGAAAAGGCGUUAGCUUUGUCUAGCACUGGACUGUCCAUAUCAGAUUUGAGUAUGUCUUCUAUUGGUUCCCAUAAUGUAAGCUACUCCUAUGGAAGUCAAGUCGGCUAUGAACAAGGUCCUUUUGGAUAUCCACUUUAUUCGGGCUAUGAUAUAUCUAAAGAUGAAGUAGAAGGAAUAGUUUAUGAUAAUUCACAAGAACCUUUGAUAAGUAAAACACCAACAGAUCAUGAUAAACCCGUUGUGACAGCUGCCAUUUUCAAACAAGAUUCUAUAAUAGGCAAUGAUGCUUUACAAGGUCCGGGUUAUUGCAUGGAGGGUUCUAGUGAUGGUCCCUUAUUAUCGGAUGUUCAAGCUCGAGAGUACAGCCUCCAACAUUUAUACGAUCAAAGAGAAAAAAAGAUAGAAAAUGGUGUCGCUGUACCAAUAUCUGAUAAAACUGAAUCUCCAAAGAAAGGUCUAAGUAGAGCUGAUAGUUUGCCAGUUCAAUUAGAAAACGAAAAAGUUCCAGAUAAUGUGGUAGAUAACAAUUCAACAAUGGAAACGAUCCAAGAGGAUGAUAUACCUAAGGAAGUAUUUAAAGGGAAAAGAGCGUCGUUGCCAAUUAUAAGAACCGAUAUGUAUGAAUCGGUCAAAGAUGCUAUUUUGCCUUCUGGAUCUCCGAAAUUUGAGAAGCUGAUGAAUGAGACUUCUCCAGGUGAUAAUAUCUUCGAGCCACCACCGCUGAUAACCAUAACAGAGGAGAGUGAAUCCGGCAAGUCUGACAUGGCUAGUUAAUUUUUGGAAGGGCCCGUUUUAUUGCGUGUAGGUAUGUAGAUGUAAGUCAAAAUGUGAUUAGAAAG